AUGUCGAGCGGCGUUAAGAGAGAUCGCGACGGCAACGCUCGUGCCAAGGGCCCUGGAUACAAGCAACAGCAGCCGAGAGGAAGAUUUCAUGACAUGUUUGAGGGCUUUCGCGAUGAGCUUGAUGAACACCAUGAUCGACGGGAGAGGAUUGUCAAGGCUUCGCGAGAUGUUACAGCCCAGAGUAAGAAGAUAGUCAAGCAGCUAAACAAGGAUUUCCCCCCCAACAUCCAGCAAGACAUGGACACGCGCCUCGCCGAGAUCACCAAGCUACUAAAAGCCAUCGCUCCUGACCUGCAGGAAGUCAACCGCUACCGCUACACGUCGCCCUUGCGAUGCCUGGAGGAGUUUGUCGAGGCCCUCUCAUUCGCCCACUACCUCCGCCAUCAGAAGCUCAUCACGCCGGAGGAGACACAAAAGGCCAUGCCGGCUAACCUCUUGCUGACGCCAAAUGACUACAUGUAUGGUGUUUUCGAUCUCUUUGGCGAACUGAUGCGGUUUGCUACUGUGACCACGGCGCAGACUGGUGAGCUGGCUGGCGUCGAGGACCGAAACAUUAUGGGUGACAUCCAAGAGCUCGGCUGCGCUUUCGAGAUUCUACCAGACGUCCCAACCAAGGACUGGCGAGGAAAGAUGGGCGCUAUGCGACAGAGCGUCAAGAAGGUUGAGAAGCUGGGGUACGGGCUCGUUGUCAGAGGGAGUGAGAGACCCAAGGGGUGGGUUCCGGAUAUGAAGGAUGAUGCCCCGGAGCCAUCUUCGCCUUGAGGCGAUGGAUUUUAUGCACGAGUGAUGAGUUUGGAGUCUACGAUCGAGUGCCGAGUUGCCCUAUGGGCUGUAUUGUU